GCCUGCGCCCGCUCCCGGCCCAGCGCUGACCCCCGGUGCGCUCCCGCAGAGACCAAGGUGUACGUGGGGAACCUGGGCACGGGCGCCGGCAAAGGCGAACUCGAGAGAGCCUUCAGCUACUAUGGACCGCUGAGAACCGUGUGGAUCGCCAGGAACCCGCCGGGGUUCGCCUUCGUGGAGUUCGAAGACCCCCGCGAUGCUGAAGAUGCUGUCCGUGGACUUGACGGAAAGGUGAUCUGCGGCUCCAGGGUCAGAGUGGAAGUAUCCACAGGGAUGCCGCGCCGCUCCCGCUACGACCGGCCCCCUGCCCGGCGCCCCUUCGACCCCAACGACAGAUGCUACGAGUGUGGUGAGAAAGGCCACUAUGCCUAUGACUGUCACCGCUAUAGCCGGCGAAGGAGGAGCAGGUCCCGGUCUAGAUCCCGCUCGAGGUCCCGUGGAAGAAGGUAUUCCCGGUCACGCAGUCGCAGCCGUGGUAGGAGGUCCAGAUCAGCUUCCUAUCGUAGGUCCAGGUCCGUGUCUCCUCGUAGGUCUAGGUCCGUGUCUCCCCGCCGGUCCCGCUCGGGUUCCUUGAAGAGAUCGAGGUCUAGAUCAAGAUCAAGAUCUAGAUCCAGAUCUGUUACAUGGCCCCGAAGCAGGUAUGUGACUAAAGAUCGUUGGUGAAAGUUGCUUAAAAGUCUCAUUAGGCUCUUCAACAAUUGCUAAGGUUUUUUCCCAGGAAAAGAUGUGUUUUCCCUCCACUAACUUAGGGAUCUGUAGUUCUAAGGAGCAGUGCAGAAGAUUGUUCUUCCUCUUUCUAUUCUUUUGCACACUGCCAGUAUCUAGAUCCCCAUAGUCAUCACAAAUACUGGUUUGAUCAAGUUGCAUUAACUGCUAACUAACGUAGAAUUAAUCUCAAAAGUUUAUUUUCCUUUGUGUAGCACACACAAGAUUGUCAGUUCUUCCCAUUAUUUUUCAAAGAAAGCAGGAUGUCCUUCUAGUAGCAUGAUAAUGCUUUAUUGUAUAUAGGCAAACAAGUCUUGAAGGGCUUGCUGGUGUCCUGAGUGUUGUAGCUGCAAUUCCAGCUCUGUUGAAUAUCAGUGUGAGUCUGCUGAUUUUUAAUUUGAGAUAAACACCUGUCAGAAUUGUUUUGUACCAAUAAACGUAUCACAAGAGUAAAAGUCAAAUUUUAAAUUUUAAGGGAACACAGGGUGCUAUUUGUUCCCUUAAACUUUACUUGCUAGUAAGUGGGUACAACCUGUGCUUCAUGGAGCCUUGUCCUGGCAGCAGGGCUGACUGAGUGUCCUUGACAAGAACAAGAGAAAAUGGAAAUUCUGCUCUGGAUAUGGAACUGCUUAUAGCCCAGCCUGUCCCUGUGCCUGCUGUGCUGGUUUUAAUGGCUGCUCUUUGAAACAAGGAAUAGCCAACCCUGAAGAAACACAGGAAAAUACAGGAUAGCUUCAGCUAAAGGGAGCAGGUGGAAAAGCCCA